AUGGCGACUCUCAUAUCGUGGGGCCUGACCCUUACCUCCGUCGCACGACCAGUUCAAGCCAGACAAGUCGAGUCCCCCGUCGCGAGAGUCUCCUUCGACCGCCCAGCCUCGGAUGCGGUUUGGGAGAAAGCGAUAUGCCGGGGCAGCCAGCUACUCGCCAUGAUGCAAAGCAGUGAUAGCGAAGCCGGCAAGUUACUCGUGCCUCCGGCUGACUCUGCCGCGAGCAAGUUCGUCAAUUUUCCAUACGAGUUCGACAAAUGGGGAUAUUCCCACGGCGAAUUGGAGGAUCCUUUCGAGUGCGACAUGGAGUUCUUAGGCAUCAAGCGUGCGCUAGAUGCACUCCAUGUCUCUAGUGUUAGCCAGGACGAGGGUGGCCCAAUCGCGUGUUACCUUGUGCAGCACACGUUCGACAGGACUGUAGAUGGUAAAGAGUACAAGGCCACGAGAGGCGAACUCAACAUGGCCCUCAACGCCCAAGAUGGAGUACUCAUCUUUCUCCGCCGGUACAGUCCCCAGCAGAUGGCCGCAAAAGCCCAACCCCCAAUCACCAAUAUCCCGGAUCUCAAGCGCUCUUCCGACAUCCUAUGGGGCCAAUGGACCCUCCACACCAAAGGCAACGUCGGAAACGUCCGCUACCUAAUCAGCAACGCCGUCACAAACGUCGACACGGGACCUAUCAUCCAGCGGGCUAUUGAGUCGGUAAACGCUUCCCCGUUGAAGAAGUGGCCUGGCGUGAGCUUCUCUUCGAUGUCGGAGCAAGGUAGAGCACUCCUAGGAUCCCCCAACGGCAUCGGCCUUGGCUACCUCCUCGUCCAGCACAAGGCACAGCUGGGAAACAAAUACGUUACCAGGAUCGACGUCUUCGCACCAGACGAAGGCGCGAAUCCGACGAUGAUCUUUCACAUCGAUAGUUGGACUGGCUGAGCCAGUGGGGUGUGGGUCUGGGGUUUUGGAGUGGGAUGUUGCGGGUGAGGCUGGAUUGGGGUCACAUUUCGAGGGGCCGAGGCCGAGUACGGGGGACCUGUUUGAUAGUGAGCAGGCCUACAUGCAUGGGUUGAUUAGAUAUCAAACGCCAUUAGACAAAUUGCAGGUCGUUCAAGAUUCUGCUUGCACCCGCGCCAAGUCGAGGUUUGUCACGGAAAAAAAGGAAGCACGAAAAAUGACAUAUGGCAUAGAGACUGGAAUUGUUCAACUUCCUUGAUCGUUGCGAAACUCAGCAUUCUGUCCUUUUUCUUUUUCGAUUCUAUUCUAGCCGAGCCGUGUGAAAUGUUAGCUGGCGGGUUGGAACUAUGCAUGGUGGAAACGUUUGGGCGUAAGGAAUCCCGUGGGGGUGGCGCCCGGCAUAUGAUUGUGGUGGAAAGCGGUGAAUGCAAUUUGAAGUGGU